UGUAGUUUCAUAUAAACUCUUACGUCGGAUAGUGAAUCAUUUUUUUAAAAGAUAGACGUGGGAGACACAGGGAGACAGGAAGUACUACUAAAUCGAUUGUCAAAGACGAUCGAAGACGCACCCCUUUAAUUUCCUUUUCUUUUCUGAACUUGAAUACUUGGCGUAUAAUUGAAGAUAACUAUAUUGACCAGAGAAAUGCAAACAAGGACGGUAACGCAUCAAGGGCGUUUCAAUUAACAUCGUUAGCACUCGAAAUCAUUUUUGCGGUUGAAAUCGUAGAUUAGUCGAUAUGGCACUGUUCAUGCGAUACAUUUUUUUUGCAUUUGUAAUUAUUACGAUACUCAAGGAAGGAGAAUCGCAGUGGGGAAUAGACCUGACUUUCCUACAGCAAGCAUUCUUGGAUUAUCUCUUCCCUAAGGAUCUCGGUAUAGUGAGAGUAAGAAAUAUGGAAGAAGCCAGAAAUAUAGGAGGCACUAAAGUAUUGGAUUUUAUCGGUAUGGUGGAGCAAUACGGUUAUCCAGCUGAAGAGCAUAACGUUACAACGGAAGAUGGUUACAAUUUGAAAAUACAUCGGAUACCAGAAAGUCCACUAUCGAGAAAUAAAAGGAAGAAGAAGAAUGUUGUGUUUAUUCAACAUGGUAUUCUUUCUUCGUCUGACUCCUGGGUAGUGUUUGGUCCUGAUAAAGAUCUCCCAUUUUUAUUAGCCGAUGAAGGCUAUGAUGUAUGGCUUGGGAAUGUGAGAGGAAAUAGCUAUGGCAGAUCGCAUAUAAACAUGACUGUUUAUGACCAUCAGUUCUGGGAAUUUAGCUUUCAUGAAUCAGCAAUGUUGGAUUUGCCAGUUAUAUUCGAUUACAUACUUAAUCACACCGGGCAAGAAAAUAUGCACUACGUCGGUUACUCGAUGGGAACGUCUAUGUUGUUCGUUCUUCUAUCGAUGAAACCCGAAUACAACGCGAAGAUAAAGCUGGCUACUUGUCUUGCCCCAGUUGCCUUCUGGAAAGAAGUGUCGCCUACAUUUAGGCAAAUUUCUGAUACGUUACCAGUAGUGAAGGAGCAUCUCGCUAGACACAACAUAUAUGAUAUUUUUUCGCAAUCUGUAGGAUCCAUUACAUUAAGCAGCACAUUAUGUCACGAUAAGGCAAUUACUCAGUCUUUAUGUGUUGCGAUAUAUUUUUUUAUCGUGGGUGCUGAUCCGCCACAACUUAACGUUACAGCACUGCCAUAUCUCUUAUCCCAUUUUCCAGCCGGUACUUCCGUGCAAACACUUUACCAUUAUUACCAAAAUAUGUAUGUAGACAAUUUUCAAACCUACGACUAUGGACCCGUUGGUAAUUAUGAGCACUAUAAGCAGAAAACACCUAUAAGUUAUGAUCUUAAGAAAGUUAUCGCGCCGAUUGUUUUAUUUUAUUCAAUCAACGAUAAGAUCGUUAGAAAAACGAAUGUACUAGAACUAAUGAAACACUUGCCAAAUGUUAUCUUAACAGAGGAGGUGCCAUAUGAACUUUUUAAUCACGCGGAUUAUUUGUGGGGAAUCGACACAAAGACUCUUAUAUACGAUCGUAUGAUAGAAAUAAUCCAGAGGUUCGAUGCUAAUAAUAAAUAAAAUUUGGCUAUAAAAUGACUGACAUAAAAUGUCCAUUUACCACCAAAUAUUAAGUGAGGAAUUCUGUGAUAUGUUGUUGACAUUCCUCAUUUAAAGUGUUUAAACUUUAUAGAAGAAAUGUAUAUGUAACUCAUAUAUUUUUUUAUUGUAAUAUUAUUCAUUUAUUACUCUUUUUAUUAGAAAAUUCAACAUUUGCAUGUUACGUAUUUUUUUUAAAGUUCUCAAUAUGGUGACAUAAUAUAUACUUAAAGUAUAUUUAUCAGUGUAUAGCCAAAAUGUUUUUGGCAUUCAGAUUAUAAUAUCUGUGAAAAUGACAAAAUGUCUUAUUAAUUUUAUUACUGUAAUAUGAUAUUUAGAGUUAUAUAUAUA